UUCAGAUAAGAACAAACAAAGCAGCAAUAAGGUCCAUAGAAAAAAACAACUGUAGAUUUAAAAUCAUUGAAAGAGAACUGUGUCGAAUUAGAGGACGCGGCCGCAAGAAACGAUUUACCCGACGAUAUAUCGAAUAGAUUCAAGCCUGAGGAUAAUGAAGCAUUGGGAAUCGGGCCUCCCUGCAUGGACGCCUCUGACAAGGUGCCUCGUUCUUCAAUGGAGAAGAUAGUGAGGAGCAUCAGCAGGCUGGCGUGGAAUUCAGAGCAAGAGUCAAUACAAAUAACGCCACUGGUUGCAGUUCCUUCCACAGCGACUCGGAAUUGGUCGUCUUUCAAUGCCAAGAAGAUGACCAACGAUAUGAUGACCUACUUCUUCGACCGAGACACGAUGGAGAAGUCAUCUGUUACAGGAGAGGCAUGCAGUCUCCAUGUACGUAAGGGGAUACCGGCAUUGUCCAAGCUUGGAUGGAGAAAAAGUGAACGCAAUAAUUUGUUAUGUAAGCGGCCGCUUUCCUCGGCUGGUGAACCCAAGGAAGAUUAUUUUGGAAGCUAUCAGGGCAAAAUUGAAUAAUGUCUGAAAAUUGAAGAAGAGGGCAACAAACUUAAAACGAGGGGGAUCUGUAGUAGAGGCACCAAGUUUACAGACUGGAUAUCUCGACACCUGUUGAAGCAAAAAAAAAAUGCAAAUCAUUUAGCAACACGCUUGUUCCACGAAAAAAAAAUUCGCAAGAAUUGCGAAAUUCACAAGAUUCAUGGAAUUCAUGGAAACUAUGGGAGUUCAAAAAUUCAAGGAAUUUAUUGAAUUUAAUAAAAUCGCGGAAUUUACAGAAUGCAUGAAAUUCGUGGACUUUCAGGAAUUCUAUGAAUUUCAUAAAUUUCUUUAAUUCCUUGAAUACCAUGAAUUAUUUCGAUUCCAUGAAUUCCUUGAAUUCAUCGAAUGCAGUGAAUUCCGUGAAUUCUAUGAAUUGCGUAAAUUUCGUGAUUUAAGCGAAUCCCUUGAUUCCAUUAUUUCCUUGAAUUCCCUGAAUUUCUGGAAUUCCAUAAAUUUCUUGAAUUGAAUUAAUUAUGAGUAAGAUUUAUUUUUGUAGGUGUUACGGUCUUCAUUAAUUAAAAGAAUCAAACGAAAUUAUUGGAAAGAUUGUAUAUUAAAAUUCUGUCUUUCUGACGUUUCGGCUACCACUUUGUGCCUUUUUCAAAGAAUUUUGUGAAUAUCGUACAUCCCGCGAAUGACAUGAAUUCCGAAAAUUCAUUGAAUGCCGUAAUAUAAUGUAAGCCUUUAACUAUACGAAAUCCUUCAAUUGCUUACAUUCCGUGAAUUUCAUGAGUUCCGUGAAUUUAACAAAUUCCGUAAAUUCCUUGAAUCCCAUGAAUUGCGCGAAUUCCAUACAUUUUGUGAAUUUCUUCAUUUCAAUGAAUUCGGAGAAUUCCCUGAACUCCACGAACUUCGUGAAUUCCGUCAAAUAUUUUAAUUCGGCAAAUACUGUGAAUUCAAUGUCUACAGUUUUCUUCUUAAAACCACUUUAAUACAUGU